AUGGAGCAGGUCUUCGCGGGCCAGAGCCUCUUCAUCACGGGCGGCACGGGCUUCCUGGCCAAGACCGUCAUCGAGAAGCUGCUGCGAUGCACCCCCGACAUCGCCAAGAUCUUUGUAUUGAUCCGCCCUCGCAAGGGCGUGGCGCCGGCUGAGCGUCUGCAGAAGGAGAUCAUCGAAAGCCGCGUCUUCGAUCGACUGCGGGCCGAACGCCCCAAUGACUUCGCAGAGUUCGCGGCCUCCAAGCUGCAAGCGGUGGCUGGAGACAUCACGACGCCCGAUUUGGGGCUCAGCCAGGAGGACGCUUUGCUGCUGCGCUCGAGUGUGCAGAUCUCUAUCCAUUCAGCAGCCACGGUGCAGUUCGACGAGCCGCUGGAGGUGGCGGUGGAGAUGAACUGCUUGGGGGCGCUGCACGUCGCCAGGUUCGUGCAGAGCUGUCCGAGGGUUCGCUGCCAUCUGCACGUGUCGACGGCCUAUGUGAACAGCAACCGAAGAGAUGCCAGGAUCAACGAGGAGCUCUACCCGCUGGACUUUGACGUCCACGACGCACUGAAGGCCGUCACGACAGCGUCUGCGAGUGAACUGGAGCGACUGAGGGUGAACCUCAUGGGCACGUACCCCAACACAUACACUCUCACCAAGUCCAUGACGGAGCAUUUGCUCGUGCAAGAGUUCGCGCCCAACUUCCCGCUGGUUAUUUACCGUCCGACCAUCAUCGGUGCGAGCUGGAAGGAGCCUGUGCCUGGGUGGACGGACCAGAUCGCUGCUGCCGGCGCUAUCUUCUUGGCGGCGGGUAUGGGCGUGUUGACGAUGCUGCCCGGCGACCCGCGCAAUGUCGCUGAUAUUGUGCCAGUCGAUCUGGCAGUGAACAGUAUAUUGCUGUCUAUCUGCGCAAGGAUUCACCAGCAAGAGAGCUCGAGCGUAUCUCAAGAACCACCCUGUCCGUUGGUCAAGGGUGUGUCGGUGAACAAGCCCAUGGUGGUGCACUGCGGGACAUCCGACCCAAGACAAAACCCGCUACGCUGGCGUGUGCCGUGCGUGCUGGUGCCCGAAUACUUCCGCAAGAACCCGCCAGCACGUGGCCUGUUCCCGGCCAAGUUUUCGAUGAUCCCAACGCACCAAAGCUUCCAGAUUCAAUGGUUUCUUACGUACGCCUUGCCGUCGUCGGUGUACUCGACCGUGGCCAACAAGAGCGGGCAUCCUGGUCACAUUAAGAAUGCAGCUAAGCUCUGGCAGCUCACCUGGCGCGCGCGUAACCUCGUGGAGUUGUUCAAGCCAUUCACGGAAAACCAAUGGAUCUUCGUUGCUGACGCCGCGGAGAAGGUCCUGCGACCCUGGGCAACUAAGGACUUUUGGAUCGACUCGCACGAGAUCGCGUGGGAGCGCUACGUGGUCAACUAUUGCGUCGGGCUGAAGAAGUAUAUGCUGAACGAGGACGUCAUCGACGUGGACAUUGAAGGCGUCAACCAGACGAAGCUGGCUCUGAGCACGGGUCGUAUUCUGGAAUGGGACCCGGAUCACCACGCGAUCUCCUUCCCUGGUUUGCUCUCCGACGUGGCGUGGGCGUACACAUCAAGCCGCAAACCUGGUUACACGAAGUCUGGACUGCUGGGUCGUUUCAUGGGCAUUACGGGGUGGAAGGAGGGUAUGAAUCACGAGGCUUCGCAUGUCCCCAGACCCCACGUGGAGUCUAUCGGUGGCCUUCGCAACAGCGUCCUAGAGUCGGAGGUCGUACGCGCAACUAUUGAAGAACGCGCCGUAGCUCAGGGAAUGGACAUCGACGAUGUGGAGCGUCAAGCUGCCAGUAUGCUGAGCACUAUGGCUGCUCAACUGGAUUACAAGUCGGUGCGCAAGUUCGGCUGGUUGCUGCGCAAGGUGUGCCGCAACAUGUACGACCAGAUCCACGUCGACGAGACGGGUCUCACGCGCAUUCGUGAUCUCCUGGCGGACAGACGCGGGAGUGUCGUGCUCGUGCCCACCCACCGCUCGUACGUUGACUUUCUGCUCAUGAGCUACGUGUUCUUCGCCUACAAUAUCCCCGUUCCGUACGUGGCGGCGGGCGAGGAUUUUCUCAAUAUGGGCAGCCUCACCAAGUUGCUGCGUGAAUCGGGCGCGUACUUCAUCCGCCGAUCCUUCUCCGAUGACCCGCUCUACUCCGCUGUCUUCCGAGCCUACACACAAUACCUGGUGUCUAGAGGCCACACGAUCGAGUUCUUCAUCGAGGGAUCACGCAGUCGCAGUGGCAAGCAACUUCAUCCCAAGUUUGGCAUCCUCAACACGGUCGUCGACUGCUACGUGUCGGAGAAAGUCAAGAAUCUAUACAUCGUACCGGUCACAAUUGACUACGAGAAGCCGUUGGAAGUGCUGCUCCACCAGAACGAGCUCUUAGGCGAGGGCAAGAUCCGAGAGUCGAUAAGCGCUCUGAUGAAGGCGAUGCCGGUGGUGCGCAAGAAGUUCGGCUCCAUUUCCGUGAACUUUGGCGUGCCCUUGGACGUGAAGCAGCACGUCGACGCAACGCUUUCGCGUGCCGAAGAGCAGGAGACGUUCGUCCCUACGUCUGCUAUCGUCGAGGAUCUGGGUUAUGCCAUUACAGACGCGUUGAUCGACAACGCUACGUGUGCGAUGUCGCACGUGGUGGCCGCGAUCCUGCUGGUGUAUCGUCAAGGCAUCUCCAAGCAAGAACUGGUGCGUCAGGCGGACUGGCUGCGACUGGAAAUCCUGCGUCGUGGCGGCCGCGUCGUUGGAACUCAGGGCCGCUCGCCUACUGUCGUCGUGGAUCGCGCUCUCGAGCUGCUGCACGAGCUCGUGACCAUGCGACGCAAGGACCUCGUGGAGCCUGCUAUCACCAGCCGCGAGCAAUACCCCAACAUGAUCGGCCUCGGCUACUACCGCAACAAGCUGCUGCACUGGUUCAACCUCGAGGGCGUGCUGGCUUGCGCGUACCAUGCUCUGGACGCCUUCAACUUGCCCUCUGGAGCUAGCAGCGCGCGCUCAGUCUCCAGCAACUCGGACGAAGCAGGCGUGGACCGCCAGGAACUCCUCGACGGCGCGUUGUUCCUGCACGAGAUGCUCAUGAUGGAGUUCGUGCGCAAGGACGACCCUGAAGCCGACCGCGCGCACCUCGUGGAGGCGCUGGCUCAGCUGGAGACGCGCAAGGUGCUCGUCCCCGUGGCCACUUCGUCGUCUUCAGCGCCGCGCGUGGAGGCCGUGGACGGCGCGAUGCUCUCGCUGCUGAGCACGCUCAUGUGGCCGUUCAUCGACAGCUACUGGGUCGCCGUCACGAGUCUGUUCGCGCUGCGUCCGCACGGGGAAGUGACGACCGAGGACCUGCUCAAGCGACUUCAGUGGCUCGCGGAGACCAUGUACCACGAGAAGCUCAUCAGCUUCUACGAGUCGUGCUCGCGCGAGACGCUGCAGAACGCGCUGGCGCUGCUGGAGCGCUGGGGCGUCCUGAGCUCUCGCCGUCGCCCGAGCUCUGGCAAGGCCAAGCGCAACGUCAACAAGCCGGCAGUGCAGCUGCUGAGCUUGACCCCGCAGUUCGCCAAGGACGGGGAGCUGGAGCAGCUUGCCUUGCGCGUCUCCAAGUUCCGCAAGCUGCCGCCUGGAGUGCAACCCGCCACAACCAGCGAGACCGAGGUGCUGGCGCGACUGCCGGCACUCUCGCGCAUGUAG